ACGUAUUUUGGUCACGUGACCGCAGGAUGUUGAAGCAGCGACCCAUCUUACCGCGAUAAUUGGUCUUUGAAAGCUCGGCGUUCACCACCAGUGUCCCCUCGCUGACGCUGACAGCCCUCGGUUUGUUUCUGGAGAAAAGCAACACUUUUCGCGGCUCCCAGUUUGUUCACUCCCAGCUGCGGAAGCAGAGUAAUUAUUUACUGAGAAGUUGUCCCGGGUUAAACUCGCAGGCCUUGUGGCACGACACAGGUCCAGUCGCCACAGCCCCGGUUUCUUUCAUCGUCAGCGGCUUCGCGGACAUUUACGAUGGUUGUACUGAAGAACCUUCACCCUCCCACCGAGGGAGUGCGACUAGAACAAGCCGAGACCACAGCGGUGAUGGACGGACAGAGGCUGGGCUGCGGCACGCUGUUCGUUGCUGAAACGCGUCUGUCGUGGUUCGAUGGUUCAGGGAUGGGUUUCUCUCUGGAGUAUCCCACCAUUGGUCUCCACGCCAUCUCCAGAGAUGUCAGUGCUUUCCCUCAGGAACAUCUGUACGUCAUGGUCAACGGCAAACUCAGUGAUGAAAAUGAGGCAGAAAUGGCAGAAAAAGCAGCUGACGAUGACGGAGACGACGGCAGCGGCAGUGAUGGUGGUGAUGAUGAAGAGGGAGUGAUCACAGAGAUUCGAUUUGUGCCCAGUGAUAAGGCGUCAUUGGAGUCCAUGUUUUCAGCGAUGUGUGAGUGCCAAGCUCUGCACCCCGACCCAGAGGAUGAAGACUCUGACAAUGACUUUGAAGGAGAGGAGUAUGACGUGGAGGAGGCUGAGCAUGGCCACGUCAACAUACCGACCUUUUACACCUGUGAUGAGGGUCUGUCGUCGCUCACGCAGGAGGGCCAGGCCACGCUGGAGAGACUGGAGGGGAUGUUGGCUGAGAGCGUUGCUCAGCAGUAUCACAUGGCCGGAGUCCGAACUGGAGAAACCAAACCUGAGUUUGAAGAUGGUAUGGAGGUGGACGCAGAAGCGACAGAGGCCGGACAGUUUGAGGACGCAGAUGUCGACCACUGAUGGAAGUCAUCUCGGCAGCCAAUCACAGCACUGGAGUUGCAUCAUGGGACUGGAGGGGAGGACAGCAGCACUUAUUUGCAGUUAUCAGCUCUUACUCUUUCUUUGUUCUCUCCCCCGUUUUCCUGUGAAUUUAAAAUGGUCUCAGUAGUCGUCUGUAUAUUCCUACACUUUCUCUUCAUGUUGUGUUGCAUUUAAGGUUCACUGCGUUCCUUUUUAUGCUCAUCCUCCAUCUCUAAUGAUCUGUCCAUGUCAUCAGAACAUUGAACACCACUCUGCAUGUCAGUCAAAUCAGCUACAGUAGACUAUUGAGAUGCAGCCUAAAGGUCUGUUGACUAUUACAAAAAAUGGCUUUUCUGUUUUGUACCUAAAAAAAUAAUUUAGUGUCUGAUUUUUCUCUCAAACUGAAUUUAAGUUUUUGUAUCAAUUUAUCAAUAAAUGCAUAGUUUUUCUACAA